AAUUUUGGGGUUACAGGAAAAAGGAAAAAAAUUAGGGCUCUUCACACAGUCCCUACUGAGCGAAGAUCACCUCUUUGCAGAACUCUACUUCACUUCCUCUCUCUCGAAUUGAGUAUAGCAGCAUUAUAAUCUUAUAUUGCUUCAGAGUCCAGGUUAAAUCUUUACGUAUACCUGUGUUCUGUUUGGAGUCCCAUAAGGACAUGUCAUCUGAUACCACCAGAGAAAAUGCAUCUGUAGUUGAUUCUUCGGUGACAGAAUGGAAGUAUGACAUUGGGAAUUCAGAUGAUCCAGAGUGCUCUGGCUACAAAGCUAAUGAGGAUGGUUAUCCAGCCAGGGUGCAUGGACCAAGGCAUUCUCGAGAGGCAGACAACAGGGGUAAAUUGCCUAAUACAAGAUAUUUCAUCAUUAAGAGUUUGAAUCACCAGAAUAUCCAGUUAUCAAUUCAGAAAGGCAUUUGGGCUACUCAAGUCAUGAAUGAACCAAUUCUGGAAGACGCAUUUCAUAACUCUUCUAGAGUCAUAUUGAUAUUUAGUGUCAACAUGAGUGGUUUCUUCCAAGGUUAUGCCCAAAUGAUUUCCUCUGUUGGGUGGAGGCGAGAUAAUGUUUGGAAUCAAGGAAGUGGUAAGGGCAAUCCUUGGGGACGAAGUUUUAAAGUCAAAUGGCUGUGCUUAAAUAACUUACCUUUCCAAAAGACUCUGCACCUGAAGAAUCCAUUGAAUGACUACAAACCGGUCAAAAUUAGCAGAGACUGUCAGGAAUUACCUCAAGAUAUAGGGGAGGCUUUGUGUGAUCUUCUUGAUGAGAGUAUUGAUGUGGAUGGCUCACUAAACAGGGACUAUUUACCUUCAAAAAGGCCUUGUUUUGAGCCUCCAAAUUCCCUAGGAGAGGAAGAUUAUUCUGUGCCUUCGCAGCUUAUGUCCUGGCAUAGAACAUCCAUGCCUUAUCCUUCCUUCCUCUACCAACAUCAAGCUGAAGUGAGUAGAUUUCAUCACCAGCAUUCUACUGGUGCUACUGAAUUUUUGCCUAUUACCUCUGGAGCAUGCAAAGUUGCAAAAAGCCCUCUUGCUAGUACUCUGACUGAGGAUGAUUUCCUUGAAAUGACAUAUGAAGAAUACCUUGAAGCCCAUAGUAGAACCAUCAAACAGAUGUGCCUCCCAGUUGCUGCACCAUCUCGGACCAUGCAGGAGUCAACCAAUAGAAAGCAUGAAAAGGAUUCAAGCUCAAGCUCUGCAACUGACCGUCGCCAGUCAAGGAAGAGGACACACUAUUCCUCUUAAGACUGUUUCUGUUGGAGUAUUGACACCCCAUAAGCGGGAGAGAGUGAAGCCAAAUUUGUUCUAAUAAUACAAUAUUGGGGAGAUGGAACCAUAUAUGUUGUCAUGUUGUACACAUUUUAUGUACUCUAUUCUAUCAUCUGAUUACGCUAAAAUAUUUUACAAGGUGCUCUACUCAACUUGUACAUAAAGUGAUUUGUUUCCUUUUUUUUUUUGGUGAUAAGAUAGGCAAGAUGAUACUGGCAGGUAGAGUAAUAUUUAUUAUAAACAUUAUUUUAGACU